AUUUUAUGUGUACCUUAGGAAAUCGCCCUUAUGUUUUCUUAUCUGCUCGGGUACAUCCUGGAGAAACUAAUGCAAGUUGGGUUAUGAAAGGAACAUUGGAGUAUCUCAUGAGUAAUAACCCUACUGCUCAGAGCUUACGAGAAUCCUAUAUUUUUAAAAUUGUCCCUAUGCUAAAUCCAGAUGGUGUCAUCAAUGGAAAUCAUCGUUGUUCUUUAAGUGGAGAGGAUUUGAACAGACAGUGGCAAAGUCCACAUCCAGACUUACAUCCUACAAUUUACCAUGCAAAGGGGCUCCUACAAUACUUGGCUGCAGUGAAACGCUUGCCUCUGGUAUAUUGUGAUUAUCAUGGCCAUUCCCGAAAGAAGAAUGUGUUUAUGUAUGGCUGCAGUAUCAAGGAGACAGUGUGGCAUACUAACGAUAGUGCAAGUUCAUGUGAUGUUGUGGAAGACAUGGGAUAUAGG